CCUUAGGUAACUGCCAGUGAUGUCUGUUGAUAUAACUAUUCAUCAAGAGCGCGGAGUCCUUCUAAAUUAGCAUACAUUGGAUUGCUCUACUUCCUUCCAAUGGCUCGUAGAUCCCUCUUAGUUCUAGAAUCGCUGAUGUGGUUUGGAGGGCGCUAACCGGAUUGAGAAGGUUUGACAUCGAUGGACCGGAGAUGUCAUGGCUCAAGGCUCAUGCUCAAAAACCACCAAAGCUGUUGCGCCUUUUAGACUAUCCGCACUUUUUCCACACCUCUUGCCCUCGCUCCCGAGGUGCAUAUUCUUCUCUUUAAUACUGACCACCACGACUUUGCCGUUCUUCCCCGUGAAGAAACAUCGAACUUGUUUCCCUUUCGUUGCUGUAGUGCACAGUCUGGCCCACCUUUCCUUGCAUCGCCCCGGUCUCGCCGCAAUCUAUCUCAGAUACGACCAUCUGGUAGCACUAAAAUUUCCUUUUUCUAUUCUUCCCCGCUUGGAUGGCUCCCCGUCGUCACAAUAUCGGUGCUAGCCGGCGAAAGAGGAGAGAUGAGGAAGGAGAGGAUGAAGGCUCUAUAGAUGGAGAAUUGGAGGAUGAUUCCUUGAGUGAUGGGUCUGGUAUCAGCAACCCUGACGACGAUGAUGCCGAUGGUGAAGGCAGUGAUGACAGCGAUGACGAUGGGGAAUCUACGUCCCCGCAGGUGGCUGCCAACGGCCGUCGUCAAAUUAAUGGUCGUGUGCCCGAAAUAAACCAAGCGUUGGCACCACGCCAUUCUGCCUCACCAAGGAAGCAUCCCCUGACGACUGCUGUGUCGGAUACGGAGGCGAUGAUGAAUGGACUGAGAAUAAUGGACGAAUCGAGUGAGGUGAUGGAGGUACACUUUGACGACUUGAAGGCGGAACCUAGCCAUCAGACCGAAAGAACACCGUCUGCCCCUCCUACGGACCCAAAGCGAGACACAUUUUUGGACAGGAAGCGUCGUGAACAAGAAAGACACAUUAGGGAAAAGGACGAAAGCCCAGUGUUUGUGCCUACCCGGGGUAGCUUCUUUCUACAUGACAAACGUUCCACGGAAACAGUGACAAACGGCCACAAGCAGUUUAAUAAAUCAAAAUCAAGGCCGUAUGGCCUCAUCGUUGAUGGUAAUGUUCGCAGAACUGUCAAACCAGAUGUCAGCGAGGGAUUAUGGACACAUGAUCUUCACGACACAGUCGCUGGAGAUGAGCCAUCUGCCUCGAAGCCCUCUACCACAUCGGCACUAACAUCUAUCAUACCGCCAAAACCUGUUCCAACAGCCCCUAGAUCGUCACCCCCCAACAGGUCUUUUUCAAGCACUACAUUAAUUGGAAAUGUGCCUGUCGUAGUAUCCCUGCCGGGCAUGGAGCACCCAGUUCCUUAUCCUUCUGUUUCGAAGAAGCAGCACACACGUUUACCUCAGCAUCGGCCCCCUCUACGUCGAGACAAGCCCGUUCGAAUCUCACUCCCAGGCCAACCUCCAAGGUACAUCUUACCUGCAACAGAGAGAUCUUUCAUAUUUAUUCCACGGGCUUUGCGACCCAACCAACAGACUUUCCGAGGUCGUGGUCGUGGUGGAUUCUACGGAGGGCGGCGUCCUAGCCUUUAUGCAAACUCUACUUACUCAUCAAGUAUCACCGUGAGUCGAAGAUCAUCAUUUGGAAAGGCACCAUCUCAAGAGGGAUACCACUCGCCAGCAGGCUCAGUUCUCUCGAGGCACACUAUGGUGACAACAGAGAAUGGCAAGCCAGUAGUCCGCCUUCCUCCACCUGGUAGGCCACCUGGAAGCGUUGGAGCGAUCCCGCAGACAACUGCUGGACCAGCAGCCGCCCCGACCACUGUACCGCAACCUCAUCCUCAUCCUCAACCACCAAAUCCCGUCUUUCGUGAGAGCCGUCCGGCUCCGAUACCCAUGCAUCAGCCUCGUCCUCAGAAGGCGGUUUCCCUCGCCGAUAUUGAAACGCCGGCGAGAUUCCCGUUUAAUCCUCCCCAACCACAGCAGGAACAACCAUUCCAUCACCAGGUCCCAGUAUCUGCAAAUGGUUCCGGCUAUGGUCCUGAUGCCUCUGGCCACCCCCCUCCUUCCGCUCACAGAUCCUUAACACCAACUUCCCACAUACAGGAUCGUACCUUUCAUGCCCCGUCUCACAUCCCUGCAUACCAACAGCCGUUCUGGCCUGCCUCCUAUCCUCCAGGCGCUAUCUACUAUCCUGGCUCGGGGACGGAGUUCCCACCAUAUAACUCCGCUGUCGGACCUGGGCCAUCCGUACCGCCUUUACCUCCUGGACAACAACCCCCAUAUAUGGUUCCCGUUUCCCAUGGCUCGGCAGAACAACCGUCACUGUCAGGCACUGUUGCACAUGAAGCUGGUGGGACAGUAUAUUUCUACGAUACCACGCAAAUGCCCCCUAAUUCCUCAUACGCAAUGCCUGCUGCACCUGAGAUUGGUGCAGUUAUGGAUAUGGGCGCGCCUCCAGUUCCAUUCUAUUACUAUCCGUACCCUCAAGCGGGCGUGUAUUACCCUGCGCAGUAAAGCACACGAUGCUCAUAUACACUGUACGGAAAGUUUUUCCUUUUCUUCUUUUUUAUUCUCCUUUCGUUUUUUCAUUCUUCUAUCCAUUUUCUUCUCAAUUCAGCCCAAAAUAUCAUUAUCCUCUUCGUUCGUAUCAUUCUGUGUUGAGUUUCGUUUGGAAUUUUCGUUUCUCCCUAUAUUUUUUUUUCCCCUCCUUUUUAUUUUCGCUAUCCCUACUCUGUGGCGAUGCUAAAUUUUUACCGUUAAAAUCAUGAUAACCGUUUAUUUCCUUAGCAGCCUUGAACGAUGUAUUUUCUGCUGGGGUAUUCUUUCCUUUUCUUCUUUUCGGAUACGGUCUGUCGGUCAUGCUCCUCCCGUCCAAUCUGUCUUAAUCGUGGUUAGAUUAGGAUUGUUUUAUAUGGAUACCAUCAUUUUCAUCUGAAGGAUGAUACGACACCGGUUUUUAGUUUUCUAGCUGGUAAUUAGCCGUUUGUUCCGCAACGAGCCCGGACAGAUACAUCAGUCGUACACCCGUACAGGGAUGGAUUUUGG